AUGUCAAACGCCCCUCCGAGUCCCUCCCCUCUGAUCAUCCCAGAAGGCUUCACGUUACACACCGAGAACACGUCUCACAUCCUGAUCUCCUCAAAAGACGAAGCCUUCUUGAACCCGGUCCAGGAGUUCAAUCGCGACUUGAGCGUCGCGUGCAUCAGGACGUGGAGCGAGCAGUUUGAUGGGGAGAAAGAGGCGAAGUGGGGGCAGGCUCAGGAAAGGCGGGCGAGGCGAGAACGGGGAGGCGAUCGGAAGGGGCAGAAGAAGAUGAAAGGUGGGUACCAUCCUUACAAAUUCAUACUAUUGGAAGCACUCUCUGCGACUGGGCUACGUUCAAUACGCUACGCGAAGGAAAUACCACUAGUGAGAUAUGUCAUCGCCAACGAUUUGUCUUCGUCAGCUACUGCUGCCAUGAAGAGAAACAUUGAUCUUAACGAGGAAAAAUCUCGCACUGGUUCGGGAAAAGUCAGGAUUAACGAGGGCGACGCAUGCGCACUGAUGUAUGAACACCGGUCGGAGAAGAAUCGCGUUGAUGUCGUCGACUUGGAUCCAUACGGGACGGCGGCGCCCUUCAUCGAUGCGGCUGUUCAGUGUGUCAACGACGGAGGAUUGCUGUGUGUCACAUGCACCGAUCUGUCAGUCCUCGCUACGACCAACUAUCCAGAAAAAUGUUACUCGAAUUACGGUGGCAUACCAGUCAAGGCAGAGUACUGUCACGAAGCGGCUCUCCGGCUUGUUUUGAACACGAUAUCGACCUCCGCUGGUCGCUAUGGACGCUACAUACAACCUCUUUUAUCGCUCUCGAUCGAUUUCUAUGUUCGAAUAUUCGUUCGUAUUCACUCUGCCCCUAUAGAAGUAAAAAAGGCUGCUAGCAAAACUGCCACCUACUACAUUUGCGCCGGUUGCCAGUCUUUCUAUGAACAGCCUCUUGGCAGAAUAAUCGAAAAGGUCCAUGAAAAAAGUGGCAAUGUUAAUCAUCAGUUUAAGACGCAAGUUGGUCCACCUGUACCUCAGCGGUGCCCGGAAUGUGACUCUCCAUUUCAUGUCGCUGGUCCAAUGUGGUCAAGUGACAUCCACGACCACAAAUUUGUAUCCAAGGUGCUUGAUCAUCUAGAAGAGCAUCAAGAACUCUAUGGCACGGCCACUCGCAUGAAAGGGAUGUUGACUGUAGCAAAAGAGGCGAGUAAAUGUCCUUUUUUGUGUUCUCUCGAGCUCGAUACGCCCUUCUAUUUCACGCCAUCUAAAAUAGCAGGCUUUUUUCAUUCCAUGUGUCCUCCAUUAGACGAUGUUGCAUCUGCAUUGCUUCAUGCUGGUCACCAGGUAUCGCGCUCGCACGCUUGUCCUGGUUCGUUGAAGACUAGCGGAACGCGGCAGGACGUACAUGACGUGUUCAGAAGCUGGGUAAAGAAGCAUCCUGUGAGAAUGGAUAAAAUAUCGGAACAUUCCCCAGCACGCCAGCUGUUGAGCAAAGAACCGAGAGCGGAGGCAAACUUCAGUCGACAUCCGCAAUCUGUAACGCAGUCAUCCAAGGUCAAGCUAGUCCGUUACCAACAAAAUCCAACGCCACACUGGGGUCCAGGGACAAAGGCAGACAGUGGGACCAAAAGAAAACGCGACGACGAAGACGCAGAAUAAAAAUUGGAGUGGAGACAUCACACCAACCGGGAAUGAGCAUCUAUCGCGCAAUGUAUGGAGGGUAUAUUAUAGAUUCAAACUACAUCGUACAAGGUCUUGUCCAAGAAACAGAAACAGCUUGACCGGAAGUC